AAGUAAUGUUUGUUUGGAAGUUGGAAAUUUCCUUAAAAUGCGAAAGUGUAGAAUUGGAGUUCUCUUUUAUCUGACAGACAAAUGUGCAAUCGCUGCCAUGUGUACGUCGGUGAAAUGACAGGAGGGGGGCAGCAAAGGCUUCACUGGACUGUUCCAGAUGGUUCCCCCUCCCUCUCGAUCUUUCCGUUCCACUCCUUUUUUUCCCCAAAUUUUUCCACCCAAUUUUCUUACCCCGUCGCUCCCAUUCUUUGCGCUUUUUCUCGGUCGAUUCUGUUUGUUUGGCUGCUUGCAACACUCUUCUGCUUCCUUCGCUGGAAACUACUUACCAGAGCACAGGCUUUCCAGUUUCUGAGAUCCGAAGAUGAGCCCAGUUGCGGAUUCGAGAGACUUCGACGGGGUGGCUGAAGUAGUGAACCACCUGCUCAAUUUCCCAGAAAGUCCCGAAAAUUUUGGAUUCCCAUCGCGUGCUAAUCACACUCAUGAAAGCAGAGGCUUGGGUAACAUGCCCGUGGACAUUCUCGAAACGCCCAAGGACUACAUUUUCUACAUGGACGUCCCUGGUUUGUCCAAAUCUGAUAUUCAUGUUACGGUGGAAGAUAAGAGCACUCUGGUGGUGCGGAGCGGUGGAAAGAGGAAGCACGAGGACGGGGAGGAAGAAGGGUGCAAAUAUUUGAGGCUGGAGAGGAGGGCACCGCAGAAGCUGAUGAGGAAGUUCCGGCUGCCGGAAAAUUCGAACACGGCGGCUAUAACGGCCAAAUGUGAAAAUGGGGUUCUGACGGUGGUGGUGGAGAAGCAUCCUCCGCCCCCAAAGUCCAAGACGGUGGAAGUUACCAUUGCCUGAUGAAGGGGCAAUUAGGGAAGAUGGUAGGUGGGAGAAGCUUCAUCUGUUUUUGUAUUUGGGAUUAUGGUAUCUCUUCACUUAGAUAUAUCCAGUGUUUGAAUGGAGCCUUUGUAGUUGUAUGGCACUGCAAACGCAGCUUUAUUUCAAUGUAUCGAUGUUGUAUGGAAUCGCUAUUUCGAAAA